GCAUCAGUACGGUUCAAAAGUUUGCAUUGUGACAGAGUGGAAGUGUAUCGUGGAAAUUUUGCAGCUUUUAAUUGUUCAGACAUUAUUUUUUUUUGGGUUCAUUCGACAAGCAAUGAAUGUCAACACCGUUGGCAAUCAGUUUUGUAGGCGGCUGAAGCCCACCCUUUCUGCGAGAAUACGGACCCUUUCUACCAUAGCCGAGCUCAAUAAACUUCGCAACACGCAUCAAGCAGACGCGAAUGAUGUCCUGAAGGAAUGCUGGGGAAAUAUCAAAGACCGAGGAAAGGCUAUUAAUGCAUAUAUCAGUGUUGAAGACAAGGAUUAUCUCCAACAACAAGCAAGUGAAGCGCAGACGCGAUGGUUUAAAGGUAUGUUUAGACCGUGGUGCUUGUUCAUGCAGUCCAUUUUAAAAAAUUCCGUCGAUGUCUCCACUGAACAUCCUAUCACUCUAGGACAAGCCAAAAGUGUUGUAGAUGGUGUACCAAUAGCGAUUAAAGACAAUAUAUGUACAGAACGUAUGACGACGACGUGUGGGUCGAAAAUGCUGGAAGAUUUUGAGUCUCCAUACGAUGCCACCGUUGUGAAAUUAUUACGUGACGCUGGUGCCCUAAUUGUUGCAAAAUGCAACCUGGAUCAGUUUGGAAUGGGAUCACACAAUGUACAUAGUCAUUUCGGCCAUGUUAAUAACCCCAAAAACACGGAUGGACAUUUUCACUUUUCCUUGGAGUCACUUCCUUCCCAUCAACGAUCAGCGGGUGGAAGUUCUGGUGGAAGUGCAGCAGCAGUCGCGGCAGAUUUAUGCUUUGCUGCUUUGGGAUCAGAUACUGGUGGCUCUGUUCGGCUGCCUGCGUCAUACUGUGGAAUCGUAGGAUUUAAGCCUUCUUACGGUCGCAUUUCAAGAAGGGGCCUCAUAGCGUACGCCAACUCUCUUGACACAGUCGGUAUAUUGGCCAAGGAUACUCACGAUGCCGAACUGAUUUACGAUUUACUGUCAAAGUACGAUAAACAAGACCCAACAUCUAUGUUACCAUCUAUGAGAGAAAGAAUUCAGCAAGAGUAUGCUGACUGUUACGAUACUAUGGACCCUGAUAGUUUGAAAGGCGUGCGAAUCGGUGUUCCUCAGGAAUACAGAGUAAAGGAGUUGGACGAGUCUAUCAUGGAGAUAUGGCGCAUGGGAAUUCAGAAAUUACAAAAGUUGGGAGCUACCAUUGUCCCUAUCUCAUUACCAAAUACUCAGUAUGCACUACCAGCCUAUUACAUUCUGGCUUUGGCUGAAGCUAGCUCCAAUAUGGCACGAUACGAUGGAAUGAGAUACGGUCACACCGCUGAGACGACAACAUCAGAUUUAUUGUAUGCUGAUGCCAGAACUGAGGGACUUGGAGCAGAAGUAAAACGCCGUAUUAUGAUGGGCACGUUUGCGCUGUCAGCAGGACACUACGAAGAUCACUUUUUGCCAGCCCAGAAAAUCCGACGACUUGUACAGACCGAUUUCAACAAUGUGUUUUGUAUGCCCAACCCAUUAUUAGACGAUGCAGUGGCGGAUCUCAGCAAUACCAGCAAGGUGCAUGCUAUCAUUACUCCUGGAGCCAUUUCUACUGCGCCGUUGAUCUCAAAAUGUAUUCCUGAGGUGGAUGACCCGACGCAACAUACCAGCGUCAAAUCUGUCGAUGGGUUUAUUGACGAUGUUAUGACUGUUCCUGCUAGCUUGGCUGGAAUCCCUGCAAUCACUGUUCCUGCUGGAAAAUCGACUGUGGACGGAUGGCCAGUUGGUCUUCAACUACUAGCUCAGUAUGGCGACGAAAAGACCCUCCUACACGUUGCCAAGUUGUUUCAGUCAUGAUUGCCAAAGCGCUCAGGCCAAGUUUUUGUUUCAUAUUGAUUAUUUUUUAAAAUAAAUGGUUUAAAAAAAAAAAAAAAGAUUAGUCGAUCCAAAGCAA